AUGGGGGAUUCCAAUCGCGUGGAGGAGCUUCUGAAAAGGCCGCUUUAUGUUUAUGAUCUUCCGCGGGAGCUUCUUGCAACCCUAAGCGCAAAAACUGCGAAUCAGCCUGUCGCCGAACAGAGCCCCGAGCCGACGCCCAAAGAUUCGGAGAUUGCAGCGCAAGAAGCCGCGAUCGCAACAACGACACUAUGCUCUCUCUGCAGAGUCACAUACCACAAUGUGCAGGAGCAACGCAGCCACGUCCGCUCCGAUCACCACCGAUACAACAUCAAAGCCCAACUUCGUGGGAACGCACCUCUCGAUGAGAAUCAGUUCAACAAGGCAAUUGGAGAGCUGGAUGAAUCUAUAUCUGGGUCCGAGUCAUCUGAGUCAGAGGGGGAGGCCGAUGAAAAUGCCGACACGACGCUUACAGCUUUGCUGAAAAGGCAAGCGAAGCUGUCCGAGGCGAAUGAGGAGGCAACAACGACCGCCAGGGAAAGCUCGGCAAAGAAUCCCCUGUUCUGGCUAUCGAGCUCAGCUCUCCCGCCCAACAAGUCGUUGGGAAUCUAUAGGGCGAUCUUCUCGAACAUUGAGCAGGAAGCACCUGUUCAUUUGGUUGAUUCGCUGCGAAAGAAGCAACUGGUCCCCGUCAAGGCGCGCACAAAUAAUUCGCAAGCUGAUCAAGACCCCUCCGCUUCCAGCCCACACAUUUUCAUGUGCAUGAUUGGCGGUGGCCACUUCGCGGCGAUGCUGGUGUCGCUGGCGCCCGAGAUCCACCGCAAGCAGGGUGGCGUGGAGGAGAGACAGGCGCGAGUCAUUGCACACAAGACGUUUCAUCGAUACACCACACGACGGAAGCAAGGUGGCUCUCAAUCUGCCAGUGACGCAUCUCGAGGAGCUGCCCACUCGGCGGGUUCUAGCCUUCGUCGCUACAACGAAGCUGCGCUAGAGAAAGACAUUCGCGAGCUCCUCGCGGAUUGGCGACAGAUGAUAGACAGUGCAGAGUUAUUGUUCGUUCGAGCCACAGGAAAUACAAAUAGGAGGAUUCUAUUUGAGAAAUAUGAGGGGCAGGUUCUCAAGCAGAAUGACCAUCGGCUGCGAGGGUUCCCCUUCAACACCCGCCGAGCCACCCAGGGCGAGCUCAUGCGGUGUUUCAAAGAGCUGACUCGUGUAAAGGUCAGUGAAAUUGACGAAGCUGCGCUGGCUUCUGCAGCGGCAGAGUCAAAAGGCAAAGAAGAGUCUAAGCCCUCAACACCGCGCCCGCAACCCCGAGAGCCGAGGCUGUCCAAGGAGGAGGAGGCUGCGCAACUGCACACAUCGCAGAUCCAAGCUCUCAUCCGGCGCUCAAAGGUUCCGGCGCUUAUGUCUUACAUCUCCAAUAACUCAAUACCAUCGUCAUUCACCUUCCAGCCCACCGACUCGCCUCAAAACUCCCGUUGUCCUACGCCUCUUCAUCUUGCUGCUAACAACAACGCCCCUGCUGUCAUCUCCGCCCUCCUUACCCGAGCCAACUCGGAUCCGACCGUUGUAAACAACGAAGGCCGCACGCCAUUUGAGCUUUCUGGAGACCGCCCCACUCGCGACGCGUUCCGCGUGGCCCGGCAUGAACUCGGCGAAUUGAAAUGGGAUUGGAACGCAGCGAAGGUCCCGUCUGCCGUUUCCAAGGCAGAUGCAGAUAGUCGAGCCGAAAGGGAGCGGAAAGAGGCAGCAGAAGAGGAGACCAUCCGACGCAAGGCUGACUUGGAACGUCUGAAGAAGGAAGAGGCCGAGAGAGCGGCCCAGCAGGCAUCAAGCAAGCCUGGUGGUCGGACCCUCGGAACUGUGGAGAAGACAGCGGCGGAGAAGCGUGACGAAGAGACGCGUGGAAUGACGCCAGAGAUGAGGAUGAGACUAGAAAGAGAGCGGCGUGCGAGGGCUGCAGAAGAGCGCUUUCGUAGGAUGCAGGGGCAGUAA